GCGGCCUCGAGGGACAUGAGAGCGGCGCAGGGUGUGACGGAAGACGUGCGGAUGGCCGCCAGCGACGUCCUGGUGGCUCUGGCCCGCUCCCACUUCGACAGCGUCAUGUACGAGCUGCAGUGCCGCCUGAGGGCCCUGGGAGAGAUCUCCGAGGACCUCGUGUUCAUCACCUUGGGCAAGCUGGCCAGCAGCUACGCCCUGCGGUGCGUCCCCUUCGUGGGCAUGACGCUCUUCGCCCUGCGCACGAUGCUGAGCCAGGUGGGGAGCAGCCGGACCCUGCGCGCCGUCUGCAGCGUCCUGGAGCAGUGGUCGAAGGCCGUGAACACCUACCUGGGCGCCUGGGAGCAAUGCAGCUUCCCGCGCAUGGGGCAGGCCCAGUUCUGCAGCAGCGUUUCCCCGCUCUUUUGCCACGUGGUGGGGAGCUGGCUGGGCUGCGAGGAGGAGGAGGCCAAGCAGGCCGUCCUGGGGGCGAUGGCUGCCAUGAUGGGCCUCCUUGUGCGCGAGGAAGAGCACCGCGAGCGCGUGUGGGAGCAGCUCCCCUGGCUCCUGGGCCAGUAUCAGCAGGUCCAGGACACUUUCCAGGUGACCAAGGCUCUGAGUUAUUUCCUGGAGAUUUUGGGGGAAGUGCAGAUCCCCAUCCCCCAGGACGAGGUCCAGGCCGUCGGCACCGCUGUGCACCACCAGCUCAGUGAUGGGAGCAAGCAGCACAGCGGGGAGCACCGGUCGGAGCUGUCCUCCUGCGUCCUGCUGCUGGCCCGAGUUUGCCCUGAGGACACGGUGGCCUUUCUGCGCUCGCAGCUGGGGAGUGGGAGCGAGGCCGCUCACGUGGUGUCCUUGGAUCUGCUCAGAGCCCUGGUGCGCCCCACAGCAGAGAGAGGCCAGAGCCUGCCCCUGCUCGUGCAGGCGGUGCGCUGCGCGCUGGGAGACCCCAGCAGGUGGCAGGUGGCGAGGGCAGUUCUGCGCUUCACCAAGGAGCUGCUCAGCUGCAGCGUCCAGAGCUGCUCGGCCUGGGAUCUGGUGGCCCACGUCUUCGCCACGUUCAGCCAGGCCUCCGGCAGAUUGGCGCAGGGAAAGCUGUCUCAAGCAGAAGCGCAGGAAGCAGCAGAUCUUCAAGCCCUGUGCUUGGACAUCCUGCGCUCUCUGGAUGUCUCCGUCCGGGGGAUGACCAAACUCCUGUGGCCGCGGCUCCUGCAGUACGUGGUGCCAGCCCAGUACACGGGCACAUUGGUGCCGCUCUGCCGGUGCCUGCGAGAGCUGGCCGAGAGCCGGGGGAGAGCAGGGGGCGAGGACGGAGAGGAGGAGCCCGAUGUCGUGGCCUCCCGGGAGCGAGCCAAGCUGCCAAGGCCGCAGGCCCUGCUGGCUCGCCUGCUGGUGGUUGCGGCGGCUCCUCACGCCGGCGGCGGCUGCGGCGUCGCUGCCCUGCGGCUGCUGCAGGCCCUGUCCGCAGAGAUCCACGGCGCCGUGGGGAUGGUGUGGGCCGUGAAGAUCCCCUUCCUGCUGCAGUGCCUGGAAGGGCAAAGCGAGAGCUGCCUGGACUCUGCCGAGUGGGAGCAGCUCCUGCUUAAGUUCCUGAGGACGUCUCUGGAGACGAUCGAGAGCCAGGCCUGGACCAUGGGCCUGAGCUUUGAGCUCAGCCAGCAGACGGGCAGCUACCCCCGGCUGUCCCGGAAGCAGGCCUUCCUGUAUAAAGCUGUCGGGGUGUCCCUGGCAGCGUGUCAGCAUGUCCCCUAUGUCCGCGGGGAAAUGAAGAAGUAUCUCUCAAGGACAAAUUACUUGGAGGCGUCUGAGAGAGAGGCAAUGAUUUCUGUUUUGGGCGGCUCUGCCGAGAGCCACUUCCACCUUGCCUUGGAGGUGGUGCAGGAGUUUGGGGCGUCCAUGGAGGAAAGACCAGUGUCUGGGGCUUUCAAACGCCUGAAGGAAUACCACCAGGGGAAGAGAGCGGGGAGGCACAUGGCCCUCGUGCUGGCCUACGGCCAGAUCGCGCUCUGCGCCCCCCCGGAGCAGCUCCUGGCCCGCGUGGAGAGCGACGUCGUGGGGCGCAUCCUGCAGCACUACCGCGCCAGCUGCCAGGACAUGCAGCUCAAACUGGCGCUGAUCCGGAGCAUCACCGAGGUCAGCCGGGCCGUGCAGGUGGCGGGGGGCUCCCGCGGCGUGGAGCUCUGCCACAAACGGGAGCUGCUGGACACCCUGCUGGGCUUCGUGCAGGGGGAGCCCCGGGAUCGCCUGGCGUCCCCCGUGUGCCAGGAAGCGUUUGUGGCCGUGGGGCACUUGAGCAAACUGAAGCCAUCGCUGAGCCGGGAGGAAAACCGCGACCUCCUGGAUCAGUGUGUGCAGAGCGUGAUGCCCCUGCCUGCCCUGGAGCUGGCAGAAGAGGAGGGGGCGACAGCGGCAGACGCUCUGCACGUGCAGGGUCUGCACGCGCGGACCAUGGGGGCUCUCGGCGAGCUGGUGACGGCCCUGCUGGAGGAAGACCUCAGCUCGGACUGGCUCGCGGAGAUGCUGCAUGUGCUGGAGUACUGGCUCACCUCGGCCAAGGAGUGGGAGCGGGAGAGGGCCCUGCAGGCCUGCGCCCAGCUGCUGGGUGCUUAUGAGGAGCGAUUUGAGCUCACGGGAGAAACCUCUUUUGGGCUCUUUGGCUCCAUGGUGGGACUGCUGGCGCCUUUCACCUGCGACUCGCUGGCCACGUCCCGCCAGCGGGCAGGGGCCUGCCUCGGCCACCUCCUCCGCAUACAAGGCAAGACGCUGGAGACGGGGGCCGAGGAGGACGAGGUGCAGCCUUUGUGCCAGCGCCUGAGCGCCCCAGACGCCGAGGCUCUGCUCCAGGCUUCCUCCAGACUCAGAAAGAUCGUCUGCAAACACAUCCCGCCAGCGCAGGCCACGGACUUCCUCUCUGCCGCCCUGGACGGGAUGCUG